UCACGACUUAGAUAUUGGAUAUUGGAAUCUCAAGGACGUCGUAUUUUGUUUGGAGAUGAUUCCCGAGGCUAUGGCGCUUUGGAUUGCCUCUUUACAUUUAACAUGGAAUUUUUAUUUGAUGAGACCCCUUUACGCACAUCUUUACCGAACAGUUCUUUUGGGAGGUGGCGCCUACAUAAUUUCUCGCGAAGCACUAAAAGCGUUCCACAAAAGGAAAGUGACUCAUCUCAAGGCUAUCGAUAUUUAUAAAUCUCAAUUUCCAGAUAGAGUUCCUGUAAAAUCCUAUCAAACAUUCGGUGAAAUAAUCGAACCAUGGAAACCACUACGCUGAUUGUUUUUUUCGGCCGUCAUAAAUUUUAAUAUCUCAUGUACUUAGUUUGAAAUUGUGAAUAGAUUCAUUGUUCGAAAUAUUCU